AACCAAUAAGAAGCACCCUCUCUUAACGCUCAACCCGUUCUUAGACAAAGCAGGGGUGUUACGCGUGAAUGGACGUCUCCGUUACGCUGGCCUUAGCUAUAAUGAGCGCCAUCCGAACAUCAUCCCGAGCGACUCAAGACUCUGUACUCUCAUUCUCGCCUUCCUACACUCGACGUUACUUCAUGCCAAAAAGCAAUUAAUGAUUCGUAUGAUCCAACAAGAAUACUAUAUCCCCCGUCUGAAGCAGAAAAUAAAAACUUGCAUUUUUCAUUGUAAACCUUGCACCCUAUAUAAACAAAACACGAAGUCACAAAUGAUGGCAGCACUACCCCCCGAGCGAACAACCUACUCACUACCAUUUCAAACUACAGGAGUUGACUUCGCUGGACCCUUUCUGGCCAUACACCUUGAACUCUGUUCAGAUUUAAGUACUGAAGCGUUCAAAGCCGCAUUUGCUCGUUUCGUCGGCAGACGCGGUAUACCAUGCAAAAUGAUGUCAGACAAUGGACGAACAUUUAUUGGAGCAAAGCGUAGUCUCAAUAAGGAUCUCAUCGCAUUUCUCGGAGAGAUAUCUGAAGACAUCAGCAGGAAAUAUACCGUCCAUGGCCUCACUUGGCAAUUUAUUCCGCCGAGCGCGCACCGCAUCACAGCCGAAGGCAAGUCAGUUUCGAGUUGCCCAAAGAACCACGGAAGAACCAUCAAAAGCGCACCACUGAACCGGAACCGAAGCGCAAGGUAAUGCGAAGCACAUCCAACGAGAGAACUCUACGAAACAUCAAAUCACCUGCCCUCCAGCAACGAAUCCGUGGGUUGGUAGAUAAAGCCCGAAAAACUCUGCAACAGCUCGAAGACUUGGACCAGGUCACGUC